CCUGGUUUCAGAAAUGACAGAGGAACUGAAUCUCAUGGAACAGGACUCUGAUGGAGGUAGUGAUGAGGUGGUCCUUACUCCUGCAGAGCUCAUUGAAAGGCUGGAGGAGGGAUAAUUGAAGAAACAGAGACUCAAGGAAACCAAAAGAAAUAGAUGGAGCUUGAUGAGCAUGUAAUUCUGACCUAUGCUAAAACUAAAUUUUCUGUAAUGGAGAGGUAAGUAUAGUUUUCCUUAGUUUCCUGUGGCUACUUCAGUUCUCUAAGCCUUGGAAGUUUCUAGAAUGUACCAAGCAGUUAGGCCUGAGUCAUAAACUAGGGAUUUAACCUCUUGUUCCAAAACUGUUUAAUAGAUGAAUAUCCACUUCCGUUGUGAUCUUUUAAAUUCUUGGGCUUUUAGUGUAUUACUUAAAUCUCUUUUUUCUCAUCAAUACUAUAUCCAUUUCCUCUCAGAGAUACUAUGAUGGUGAAUGAAAAAGUGUGUUUAAAAUGCUUGGAGCUUCAGGAAUGAAGAGAUGUGUAAAAAAAAAGUUUUAAGUGUUAACUUCAUCUCUCAAAAUGGAAAUGGUGUUAACUUCAUCUCUCAAAAUAGAAAUGGUGCUGGUGCCCCCUAGUGGGAAAAAAAAAAAACAAAAACCCUGUGAAAAAAUGGGAAAAAAAAAGUGUUAAUGCUACUCGGUAAAAGGUACUGUUUGAAUACCAGGGAGUGUUACUGUCAGCAAUAGGUAUCAUACUUUAACAUUUUUGAAGUAAUAGUGAUUUGUUUUUUUUUUUUAAUCUUGGUCGAAUAUAAGGUUGUGAACACAGCCUUCUCACUAAAAAAAGAAAUGGAAAAGCCAUCAUUGAACAGCUUGUCUUCAAAGCAUUUUCAAGUGGCCUGGAUGAAUGAAAAGUUUGCCCCAGAGCUGCUGGAAAGCAAGUCUGAAAUUGUAGAAUGUGUCAUAGAGCAGCUACAUCACAUGGAAGAAAAUCUCAGGAGAGCCAAAAAGGGGGAUCUGAAGGUCAGCAUCCACCGAAUGGAGAUGGAAAGGAUCCGCUAUGUCCUUAGCAGCUACUUGCGGUGUCGGCUCAGGAAGAUAGAGAAGUUUUUCCCUCAUAUCCUUGAAAAGGAGAAAACACGCUCUGACAGGGAGCCUUCCUGCCUUUCUCCAGAAGAGUUUGCCUUUGCAAGAGAGUACAUGGCUAAUACAGAGAUGUAUCUAAGAAAUGUAGCCUUAAAGCAUAUGCCUCCUAACUUACAGAAGGUGGACCUCUUAAGAUCAGUUCCCAAACCUGAUCUAGAUUCAUAUGUGUUUCUGAGAGUGAAAGAACGACAAGAAAACAUACUGGUAGAACCAGAAACAGAUGAACAGAGGGACUAUGUGAUUGACUUGGAGGAGGGCUCGCAGCACCUGAUCCGAUAUAAAACCAUUGCACCUCUGGUUGCUUCUGGAGCAGUACGACUAAUUUAGAACCAAAAACAAAUGAACAAGAAUGAAGACACGGGACCUUAGGAGACAAUAUUGAGAACCUCCUGAUGUCACUUUGUGCCUUAGGACAAUAAUGAAGUAGUUCUCUGGACUUUACACGGUUCUCAGCAGUGCUGUGGAUCCCUUGGAGAUUAUAAAGGAGCUCAGGGCAGGAUCCCUGAUCCCUGAUGUUGUCACACAUCCCCCUAACUUUCUGCCAUUUUAUCCAGUAUCAGCAGAGGGGGCCGUUGCUCUGUUUAUUCCGAAUAGCAGGCAAAUCAAUGGAGACUUACUUUGUGGUGUUUUUUGACAUGUCUAAGGAAAGCAAGGGAAAGGUAGUUCAUAAAUAGGAGUUACUGCCUCUGAUUAGGGGACUGUAUUUACCCCUGAUCUGAUAAUGGUAGGAGGGUUAGUUCCUUUCACCUUUCUAGUAGGAAGACUGUAAAGAGAUUAAAGAAAACAGCUGUGGCCUUCUGGCACCAGAUUGUGUGAACUAACUUUUUGGAACCUCUCUUAUUGCACUUAAAACCAAUUUCUGUCGUGCUUAACUGAGAAUCAAAACUAAACCAAUACACCAUUAUUAAGUUCCUGUUUUGUGGCAGAAGGAGCCUCUGGACAGUUCUUUGCUUGUUGGCUAACCUGCAAGCCGUCGCUGAAUGUCAGGCAACUUGGCCAAGCCAGCCCCCAGGCCAUCUGUCUGUUCCUGGCCACGGGCUCUGUUAGCAGAGCAACACGAACCAUCUCGGAUUGUGACCCCAGUAGCAGCUUCUCUUUCUGAAGCUCAUAGCUUUCUCUCAGGUAAUCAGUGGAAUUGACAUAGUGUGAAUGGACUGUGCUGCAGUGAUAUACCUGAAGGAAGGAGGUCCGGGCAGAGCAGGAGUCGUCUUUCCUGGAAAUGGGAGAAAAAGCAACCUGCAUUCCAGCUUUUCUUGCUUGAUGACAGGGCAGCAGGUUUCCAUUUACGUGUUUAGGUUGGUAGAGUAAUCAGUGUGAUACUUCCAGGGAAAUCGCGAGGUGAAAGCAAGGAAGGUUUGAAUGGCUAAUAAAAGUACUUGCUCUUUCAUGUGAUACCUUGCUUUUUUCAGAGUGUUCUUACCCUCAUCAGCCAUUCAUUAAACAAAUAUACAUUGAACAUACAGUGUGCCAGGCAUAGUUCAAGGUACUUGAACCUCAACCUGGAAUAAGACAGUCACUGUCUGUCAUGGAUUGAAUUGUGUCCCCCCAAGAAUAUGUGUCAACUUGGUUAGGCCAUGAUUCCCAGUAUUGUGUGGUUGUCCUCCACUUUGUGAUUGUAAUUUUAUGUUAAGAGGGUUAGGGUGGGAUUUUAACACCACCCUUACUGGGGUCACCUCCCUGAUCCAAUGUAAAGGGAAUUUCCCUGGGGUGUGGCCUGCACCACCUUUUCUCUCUCAGGAGAUGAAAGGGAAGCAAGCAGAGAGUUGGGGACCUCAUACCACCAAGAAAGCAGCACCAGGAGCAAAGCGCGCAUCCUUUGGACCCGGGGUCUCUGUACCUGAGAAGCUCCUCGACCAGGGGAAGAUUGAGGACAAGGACCUUCCUUCCUCCAGAGCCGACAGAGAAAGCCUUCCCUUGGAGCUGACACCCUGAAUUUGGACUUUUAGCCCACUUUACUGUGAGGAAAUAAACUUCUCUUUGUUAAAGCCAUCCACUUGUGGUAUUUCUGUUAUGGCAGCACUGGAUGACUAAGACACUGUCCCUGUUCAGAUGGUAGUGCUGUGCAGCGAAUUAGAACUGGGUGACAUGUCAGUGACUAGAUAGGGUGGUCUGGGAGGGUCUCAUUGAAGAGGUUAAGUUCAGGCUGGGAUCUGAAUAACAAGAGAGAGCCAAACAUACAGAGAUCAAAAAGAACAUUCCAGGGAGAGGAGAUGCAAGUGCAAAGUCCCUGAAGAAGGAAAGGAGCCUGACAAAGGGUCAGUGUGGCUAGAUUGCAACGGGAAAAGGAAUGAGGCAGGCCAGGGCCAGAUCGGGUAGGGCUUUGUUAGCAAGGAUCCCAUUUGGUCCUCACAGCAGUCCUGAGAAGGAAGCAGGGCAGGUAGUAUACACUAGAUGAAAAACAAAGCAGAUAGUACUAAGUCUGAGACGAGUACCCAGUCUCCUGCCUGCUAGUCACGUGUGCUGAGCAGCCAGGAGGGGGACACAGGCUAUAAUCUAGAACAGUGCUUCUUAAACCUUAAUGUGCAUACUCCAUCAAAGAGAUUUCAGUUAAUCUUGUUAAAAUGCAGAUUCUGAUGGAGAAAGGUUUAGGGAGGUUCCAAGAGUCUACAUUGCUAACAAGCCCCCAGGUUAUGCAGUGGCUGCCACUCCAUAGACCACACGCAGAGUGGCAAAGCUGUAAAUCCUAGGGUCCCCACUCUGGAGGCAUGUCAGGCUGCACGCAGCUUAAGGUUUCUACUGAAGCUAUAAAGUGAAUUGCUCCACUUCCUAAGUUACCUCUUCAAAGGAAGACCAUCAGCUUCAUAAAGGGGAAGCUGAAUUUCAAAAUCGAAUAGAAAGGGAAAUGAUGUGGCUUAGUUGACGGUGGUGGUGAGUAUUUCGCUUGGUUGUUAAAACCUCACUACUGGAAGCAUGACAGGACGUUUUCUUCAAAUAAUUGCGUCAUCUUUUAUCACAAGGAACUCUGGUGGCGCUGUGGUUAAGCGUUCGGCUGCUGACCCUAUGGGACAGUUCUAGUCCGUUCGUGAAGUCGCUAUGAGUCAGAAUCAAUUCGACGGCAAUGGGUUUGGUUUUGGUUUUUUAUCAUAAGCUUGUUCCUAGCAAGACAGCUUUCCGGAGGAAUGCUUGCAGGUCCUUGUCUGUCUUUUCCAGCCACAGCAAUCAUAGCUGUGACCUUGCAGGGAAACUCCAGCUAUGCUUCCUCUCGGCCCAGGCCCUGGCAGUCAGUGUGGCUUCAGUGCCACCUUCUUUCUAAAGCAUCAAACAUAAUUCUGUUAUGUUUAAGAGUUAACCAUCAAGUUUUCAGAAUGAAUUUUUAAGCAAGCACGUUAUAUAUAAAUGGCAAUUCUUCAUGUAAUAUUCUCUAUCUUGGGAGGCUAAGCAUUUCAAAACAGUUUUUAGAUUCUUCUAAAAUCAAUUGUUUAAUGUAGCUGAUAAACUAGCUGUGCGAGUAGUCUCACUGUCAAGCAAACAUCAGUUUUUAAAAAGCAAGAUCAGUAUUCUUUGCAUAUUUAAUGGACUUAGUUUCAAAUAACUUGGCUCCUUCCAAGGAACUGGAUACACUUUCCGUGGUUCAAAACAACUAUUGGCUCAAAAAAGAAACUAGUCCACAGGACUAAUAGCCCACUUGAACCACGGUCUCUUCUACCUGUGACCAAAAGAACUAGAUGGUGCUUGGCUACCAUUACCAAACAUUCUGACCAGGGACACAAGAGAAGGGCCUGGAUAAAAUAGGAGAAAAAUGUAGAACAAAAGUUGCAUUCCUAAAAAAGGCCAGACUUACCGGACCAAUACAGACUAGAGGAACCCCUAAGACUAUGGUUCUAAGAUUAUCUUUGAAAUUGGAGCUGAAGCUACUCCUGGAGGUCACUUUUCAGCCAAAUAAUAGAUUGGCUUAUACAAUAAACAAUAUCACCCCUGAAUAAUGUGCUCCCUUAAGCAAUCAACUAUAUGAGACCAAACAGUCAACAUUUAUCCAAAAGUGAAGGUGAGAAGGCAAGGAGGGGAAAGGAAGCUAGGUUAAUGGAAACAGAGUAAACAGAAUGGAAAUAAUGAGCAUGCUGACACAUUGCGAAAAUUGUAAGACCAAUGUCACAGGACAAGUUGUAUAAAAAUUGUUAAAUGGAAACCCAAUUUGUUGUGCAAACUUUCACCUAAAACGCAAUAAAUUAUUUAAAAAAAAAAUUAUGGAGCACAGUUCUGCUCUUACACACAUGGGGUUUCCAUGAAUCAGAAUCGACCUGAUGGCAACUGAUGUUUAUAAUAAAGAUAAUAACACCCUCUGAGGACAAAAAAAUAAAAUACUUUGAGGGUAUUGAAAGGAAUGUACUAUAGAUUCUGAAAUCACUAAUAAUAUCUAAUGUUUAUUGAGUCUUUACUAUGAAUCAGGCUGUUCUAAGUGUUUUUAAGUGGAUUACAUAAACCUUCACAACAACUCUAUGCAAGGAAAAUUUGAAAUUUUGAAAUGGGUAAAAGAAAUGAAUAGCCUUUCAAUGAAAUCCUGGAUCUCUGUAGGGUAUGUGCCCUUGUCUUUGACUAGGCUAUUUUAGAAAAAAAUUUUUUUUUUAGUAGAGGUAGAAGUUAUCUUAUUAAAAAACUGAUAACAAUAUGACUAUUUCCUAACCAUAGCUAUUGCAAAUGACUCCUGCCCAUGGUAAUGCAAAUGAAUUUUAUCCAACAGAGAAAGUCAAAUCUUCAUUUGAACCAGUUGCAACACCUUCCUGGUUCCCUCAUUAAACAGUAAGUUAUUUUAAAGAAAAUCUUUGGUACAUGUUCAUUUUGUAUCUGUAUGAGACUCAUGAUUGUAUCUUCUAAAAUAUGUUAACACCAUGGAGUUCUCAUGAGUCAGAAUCAACUGGAAGGCAACUAACAACAAUGUAAGAUAUGAGUCAGAAUAGGAGUUUGGUUUCUGGUCAUUAAUAUCCCGAUUUUGCAAACCAAAAAAAAAAAAGAUUAAUCUACUGAAGGCCACCGAGACAGUAAGUAGAGGAAGGAGGAUUCAACCCCACUAAACACAGAGCCCUGGAGCCCAUCCUCUUAAUCACCUUGCAAUACUCUCUCCAAAAAAGGGAAAAGAUCCAAUAAUGUUUUGAGCAAAGGUAGCUUCAUUGGAACAAAUUCUAGGCUUCCAAAAAGACUAUUCUGAGAGAAUAAUCACUACCAUUCACAUUCCUUUAGAGGAGGUGGCAUUUUUCAUAAUGUAGGAAUAUUUUCUGAAUUAGAGAAUUUUCUAUAUACCACCAUGCUUACAAAUUCUACCCAACUUGUUAAGACAAGGAAAGCCAUUCAGAAUGAAUUAAACUCAACACAUAAUUACUUAAGCCUGUCCUCUCAGCCCAGUUCUAUUAGAUUCUGUGAGGAUCAGAAUAGGACUAAGUGGCUAUUUUUGCCCCCAAGGAAAUUACAAUGAAUCCUAAAAAGACUUCUUAAGGGUAAAUUUGAAAAUAUGAGAUUGUUAGGCUCAGAAAAAAUUGUCUUUUUAACAUCCAGGACAAAGAAGAUUGGAAGGAAACAAUUUUCUUUGGUUCAAAGCCUCUUGAAUGGGACACUCCUUGUGACCCAAAAUAUUUCCCAGCUCAAAUGUAAAUUUCUAAAACUUCAAAUUGUUGCUUCCGUUAUCUCUGAACCUAUACUUUUUCUCAAGCAUAAUUCUGACAUUUCAUUGCCUCACUUAAAACCUUUCAGUGGUUCUCAUUGUCUACAAAAAAGGGCAUAAGGGAGAUUAGUGUUUAUUGAACAACUGGGUCCUAGACAGUGCAAAAGGCUUUCUAUAAAUACCUGGCUUGAUGCUCACAACAACCCUAUGGAGAAAACACUAGUUUCACCAUUUCACUCCAGCUUCUGGGCAAAAUUUUCCUUUAUCUUUCCCUAAAUAGUUUCUAAUCUUUUUAUAUCUAUAGUUUUGUCUUUAUUAAAAACCUCACCAAAAUUCUUGAGGGAAUUAAGGUAUAAAUAAUUUCAUAUCAGU